UGAUCGGUGGCUCUGACUACAAGUUGAUCUACCGGCACUACGCAACACUGUACUUUGUGUUCUGUGUGGACUCCUCUGAGAGUGAGCUCGGUAUUCUGGAUCUAAUACAGGUGUUCGUGGAAACUCUGGACAAAUGCUUUGAGAACGUCUGUGAACUGGACCUAAUUUUCCACAUGGAUAAGUGAGUUCAAGUCCAUGGAAAUAAUUUACAAG